AUGAGGGGGGCUUCCUGCCCCCGGGUACUGCUCCUGCUGCUGCUACCCUGCGGGCAGCCUCGUGUGUCCAGUCGGAUCGUAGGGGGCCAGGACGCCCGGGCCGGAGAGUGGCCGUGGCAGGCGAGCAUCCAGCACCGCGGGGCGCACGUGUGUGGGGGCUCGCUCAUCGCCCCGCAGUGGGUCCUGACCGCGGCGCACUGCGUCCAGAGGCGGGCGCCAGUGUCUGGGUACCGCGUGCGCCUCGGGGCGCUUCGUCUGGGUCAGGCCGCGCCCCGCGCGCUCUCGGUGCCCGUGCAGAGGAUGCUGCUGCACCCCGACUACGCUGAGGACGGGGCCCGCGGUGACUUGGCAUUGCUCCAGCUGCGCCGCCCAGUGCACCUGAGCUCCCGAGUCCAGCCCGUGUGCCUGCCGGAACCCGGGGCCUGGCCGCCACCCGGUACUCCGUGCUGGGUCACUGGCUGGGGCAGCCUCUUCCCAGGAGUGUCACUUCCAGAGUGGCGACCUCUUCAGGGAGUAAGAGUGCCGGUGCUGGAUGCGGGCACUUGCGACCACCUCUACCAUGUAGGCACCCAUGUGCCCCGCGCUGAGCAGAUAGUGUUACCAGGGAACCUGUGCGCUGGCUACGUCCAGGGCCACAAGGAUGCCUGCCAGGGUGAUUCUGGGGGACCCCUGACCUGCUUGAAGUCUGGGCGCUGGGUCCUGGCGGGCGUGGUGAGCUGGGGCAAGGGCUGUGCUCUGCCCUACCGUCCAGGUGUCUAUACCAAUGUCGCCAUGUACAGCCGUUGGAUUCAGGCUUGCCUCGACCGCUGAUGUGGUGACUCUGACUUGGGUUCCUCAGCUACUUGGUCCCUCUGGGGACCUGCACAUCCCCAACCCUUCCACGUCUCACUUGAGGCUCAGAGGCCCGAUAAAGCUAAGGGGCCAUCUCUCCAUCCAGCUGUCCAUCCCCUGCCUUCCUUGGGGGUCACCAAACCUGGGCUGCCAGCCCUGCUCCAGGAGCCUCCCAUCUGUGGGGGUCUCACACUCCUGCCUCCCCUUCCUGCUCAUUUAUCCUCCUCAGCUCCAGCCAGGACUGGGCCUGGGCACCAGCGACGGUAAGUGGCAU